AUGCGGAUAGUAGCAUCAACAAAAGGAGCAAGUGGCCAUUACAACAGCUUAGCAGACAUUACAAGACCAGCUUGUCAAUGGCUGGAAUGGAUCAAGCCAUUCAUCAAUGACCUUGCUAUACACGCCGGCUACAACCCAAAAGACAUUUGCCGAGCUGCAAUUCCGGGAUGGUAUCAGAUCACAAACUUCAAAUUUAAGGAGAAUGAACACUUCAAGAUGCCACAGAUUCCAAUAGCGCCCUACGGUCUGUACAAGAUUGAAUUUCAUCUGUCAGAAAAAGAUAACCGAAACUGCUGUUGUGUGCGAGUUUACAUGGAGAUAACUCCCGAUGCCCAGACUAUUCUCAACAAGCAGAAGCACAAUCGCACUGCUAUUUUUAAACUCUGA